CUCCAGGCAAGCCGCUACCACUUCUGUGGAGCAGGGGGCCGGUCCAGCCCGCGCGGGUUGGGGCGGAGAAAGUGGAGCAGCCGGGCCUGGCAAGAGGCAACGGGACAGCUGUGAGCUGAACCCGCGGCGCGGGCGGGUAGGAGGGAAGGCGGCGACGGCCAAGUUCAUGCCCGGACCACAACUGUCCCUCAGGAGCUUGGCCUGGAGCCCAAGUCACGUCAUCAGGCUGCUGGUCAGGGGUGGAGUGGCCUCGACUUGCAGCUUUUCCUCAUGAGCCCUGCCUGGGUGUCCACCUGGCACUCAGCACGACCACAUCUCUUCCUCCCGGAGCAGCUGUCCAACCCAGAGGCCUGGACUUCAGAGAGAUCUCCAGGAGCAUUCAAGCCUGGAGUGCUGCUUCCCCAACCCCUGGGCGUUUGACGGGCCACCCAGCUUGCUUACGGUUCUGCAAAGACUUGAAGAAACUGACAAACCCGGAUGGCUACCCCUGACAGGAGAGUGGUCUCUAGACCCCAGAGACCUGGCCAGGGUGCAAAGGAGAGUGGGGCCUGCCUGGGUCCCCUCGAGGUGGCACUGCGGAGCAAGGCAUGGGAAUUCUUUCAGACCUGCGACACAGAAGGCAAGGGCUUCAUCGCCAGGAGGGACAUGCAGAGGCUCCAUGAGGAGUUACCACUCAGCCUGGAGGAACUGGAGGAUGUGUUUGAUGCCCUGGAUGCUGAUGGCAAUGGCUUUCUGACGCCAGAGGAGUUCACCACUGGAUUUAGUCACUUCUUCUUCAGCCAGAAUAAGCCGGGUCAGGAAGAGGCAGGUGAACAGGUGACCCGGCUCCAGGAAGAGAAGGUCUAUCAGUCCAGAGGGGAAGAGCACGUGGGCGACACAGAUGAAGAUGAAGAGACCCAGUUCCAAACUCUGAUGGACAGACUUGGAGCCCAGAAGGGUUUGGAAGAUGAAAGUGACAUCAAGCAGCUCUGGUUACGGCUGAGGAAGGACGAACCUCACUUACUGUCCAACUUUGAGGAUUUCCUGACCAGGACCUUCUCGCAGCUCCAAGAAGCUCACGAGGAGAAGAAUGAACUGGAGUGCGCCCUGAAAAAGAAAAUUGCUGCUUAUGAUGAAGAAAUCCAGCAUCUCUAUGAGGAGAUGGAACAGCAAAUCAAGCAUGAGAAGGAGCAGUUUCUCCUAAAAGACACGGAGCGGUUUCAGGCCCACAGUCAGGAGCUCGAGCAGAAACUGUUGUCAAAGGAGCAGGAGCUGGAGCAGCUCAUCCAGAAGCAGAAACGGCUGGAAGGCCAGUGCGCCAUGCUCCAAAAUGAUGAGCAUGAAACCAAGGCUGAGAAUACCAAGCUGAAAGUCACAAACCAGGAGCUGGCCCGGGAGCUGGAACGGACAUCCCGGGAGCUGCAGGAUGCCCAGCAGCAGCUAGAAAGCCUCCAACAAGAGGCCUCCCAACUCCACCAGGAGAAGGAGUUGGAAGUAUACCGCGUGACGGAGAGUCUGCAGCGCGAGAAGUCAGGGCUCCUGAAGCAGCUGGAUUUCCUGAGGGAAAGAAACAAACAUCUUCGGGAUGAACGGGACAUACAUUUUCAGAAAGAUAAGGCAGCCAAGGCAAACACAGCUGCUUCCAAGGCGAACUGGAAACAGAGAUCUGGCUCUGUGAUAGGCAAAUACAUGGAUGGCAGAGGGAUUCUUAGGAGCCAGUCAGAGGAGGAAGAAGAUGUGUUUGGCCUCCCAAGGAGGAGAAGCUCCCUUGGCCUGAGUGGAUAUCCCCUUCCAGAAGAGGAGCCAGGGGCUGGGGGUCCGCUCCCCCGGGCACUCCGCAGAAUCAUCUCCAUUGAAGAAGACCCCCUGCCCCAGCUCCUGGAUGGCAGCUUUGAGCAGCCAUUUAGCAAAUGCUCAAAAGAGGAGGCGGUCUCCCAGCAGAGGGUGGAAGGACAAAGCCAGCAGGCCAGACCCUUGGAACCCAUGCCUACAUCUCCCCGAAGGCAGCCUGUUGGAAAAGAAGCCUUGUCUAAGGAGGAAGCCUCCCCCUCCAUCCCAGACCGGCUCUUCAAAAUUGUGCUUGUGGGCAACUCCGCUGUGGGGAAGACGUCCUUCCUGAGGAGGUUCUGUGAGGACCGGUUUGCCCCCGGCUUGGCAGCCACCGUGGGCAUCGACUAUCAGGUGAAAAUGAUGCACGUUGAUGGCUCAUACGUGGCACUGCAGCUGUGGGACACAGCGGGACAGGAGAGGUACCGCUGCAUCACCCAGCAGUUCUUCAGGAAGGCCGAUGGCGUUGUCGUCAUGUACGAUGUCACAGCCAGACAGUCGUUCCUGUCGGUCCGGCAGUGGCUGAGCAGCGUGGAGGAAGCUGUGGGAGACUAUAUUCCUGUUCUUCUGCUGGGCAAUAAAAUUGACAACGAGAAAGAGCGGGAAGUUCCGCAAGGCCUCGGAGAGCGGCUUGCCAAGGAGAACAAUCUGAUCUUCUAUGAAUGCAGUGCCUAUUCCGGUCACAACACCAAAGAGUCCCUGCUCCAUCUAGCCAGGAUCCUCAAGAAACAAGAAGAUACAGCCAGGGAGGACACAAUACAAGUUGACCGCCCUGCCAAAAAGAAAUCUUGCUGUGGCUGAUAAGAGUCCUCCCAGCCCUGUUCCGUGUGGAUAUGAGGUCACAGGACUUACCCUGGUUCCUGCACAUGGGCUCCCGCUUGGAUGCUGCCACCACAGCCCGCCUAAGCCCUUGUUUCUGUCAGCGACUUGCCUCCAUCAACAGGAGGGGAAGCACAUCCAGCCAGGAAAGCUGCUCCUAGAGCAUUUUGGAGUCUUCUUUAUCUUCUCUCUAGACCCAGGUGCCCAUUUCCCACCCCUUCCCCCAGCUUAGUUUUGUGGAGAAAAGAAACAGAUGGGCUUUUCCAGAAAAAUCACCACAUGCCUUUCCCACCUCUCUUCUGCUCCCCUUGCCCUUAAGAAAUGCAGCACCAUGGUUGCCAUGGCAACCACGAAGGGCAGACUUGCUGCUUCCUGUAGGCCAAAGACACAGGACCAGGGCAGUGGGACUUCCUUUGGCUCCUGUUCUCUGGAUAUCAAUGGGAUGCUCUUGGCAUAUGCUUCAUAGACCUCAAGAUGCCCACGUGGUGUUGAGAAAAGUGUCCACAUUCUAUUGCACACCCCACCCGCAGGGGUCCUGCUCCUUGCUGGGUUGCAGAACCCCGUGUCUCAGCAGCCACCAUGCCUCCUGUAUUUGGCCCCUCGCAGUCUCUGGAACAUGCCUUAUGAGAAACCCACACCCUUUCCUCUCAACCCCCCACCCACAGCCCUGACUCCAAGGUGGACUGUGGGUGAUAAAUGUGUGCCUGGGGUGAGUGAGUGGGCUUAGUUCCUACUUAACUUUGACUAAGAGACGAGAAGAAAACGAGGGGAAAACCCCAUCUGCUGCUAAACAGAGCGACCAUUUCUGGUGUAUAAAUAAGGUAUAUAUAGCUCUGUAAAAGCCAUUUUCCAAUGUUUCUCAAAAUAGCUCUUCGAAAAAUUGUACAUGAUGAUUAAUGGGGUAGAUUGACGUGCAGGCAGUGAGGCCCAGCACUGGGUCCAUAGUUACCGACUUCAUUUUAUUUUAUUAUUUUAUUUCCAGAAGACUAUACUUAAAAAAAGAAAGUGCGGCCAUGUUGUUGACAUAUAGCUGGUGUUUCAGAAGUGAGCAGAGCGUAGCUGCAGACUUCAACAUCCCUGGGAUGUUGCAUUAUGGGGCAUGAUCUGGGCCCGUGUGUGGUCCCUUCAUCUGGGUGGUGGUGAGUUCCCAGCCCCAACUGGGCUCCGGCAUCCCUGGCUGGCUGUCAGGGGGGCUGGCGAGGGGAGGGCAUUCUUGCCCCGGGUGGGAGCCUGGAUGAAAAGAUCAUAAAGCUCACCGCCCUCUACCACUCAUGUGCUGCAGGCCCAGCCCUACAGGAAAGUGAGUGGUAUCCAUAACUAAGUGGCACAACAUAGGAAGGGAGAGGAGCACAAAGUGUCUACAGGCCUCCAAGAAGAUUCAAGACAACGGUACACAGCCAGCUUGGUAGUAGAGUGUCUGCUGGUCAGAGUUCCUAAGGGUGUUCCCUGUAGAAUCCUCCCCAGACUCCUAGAAGUGUCAGAGUUCCAUGGGUCACCAGGCAAGUGCCUACCUCCUUUUCUCAGGCUUUUCUCUCCCUCAUUUGGUGCUUGGAGGCACCAGGGAGCCCAUGGAUGGUUCAGCACAAAAGCCAGCACUGAGCCCCAGGAGGUGCCCCAUGAUCUUGGGGAAGCCAGCUCCCUGUCUGAGCUACCAUCUCAUCAGUAAAAUGAAAGUUGGGCUCUUUGAUGCUUCUGGUUCUUCUUGCUCAGGGUCCUUGUGAUGAUAACUUCAUUUUCUAACUUAGGCUGGCCUUGCCUUCAGUCCAAAUUUGAAGGGAACUCACAGGAAACUCCUUUCUCUAAGAAAGGACCAUGGCAAUUGUCUCAUUCGUGGGAUGCAGGGGGUGAUGGGUCAACCAGAAGUGGCCCUCCAGCAUCUGUGUGGGUGUGUGUUGCUGUGUGAGUAUGUGUUGUUGAGCAGGGCGGGGGCAGAUAGAAGGUAGGGAUCACCAUAAAGAAAGUAAACUGAGUCUCCUGCUUCUGAAAACAAAAAAGCAGAGAUGGCGGUUGGAACUUAUGGGGCAAGCUGGCUAUACCUGGAGUUUCCCAAGCCCGCAGAUGCCUUUAUAUCCUAUACCAAGUCCCUGGCUUGGGGCUACAUUUUUCCAUUUAGGAGAAAAGCAUUCAGGAUUUAGAACAGGGUGGAGUGACCCUAGUUCCUGACCCUACAGCAUCUAGGGUAAAUCCCCACAAAACCUCAAAAGUCCAGGCAGAGAAGAGAGGGCAGUGAUGGUCUUUAGGCCCCUGCUGCUUUCUUCUCUAACCCCACUUGAAACAAGUAUGCAGGAUGGGACCUCAGAGAGCCUCUGAGAAGUUUUGUGUCCCAAGGUCAGAGCCUCCCCUUCUCUCCAAAUUCCCCUUAAGCUAUCAAGGUGAUCAAAGUCACCCCGGUGACUGUCAGCCUGGCAGAGUGCUGUCAGAGAAAUCUCGGGCUCCAAACUAUUUCCAUAGCUUAACUGGAAGUCACCUGGCCAGGGUUCCUGUUCAUCUGUAGAUCAGAGGUUUCAAUGUCUACCUCACAUGGACACAUUAAGUAUUAAAUGAGGCAAUGAAUGUGAAAUACUUAGCACAGUGCCCAGUACACGUAGGUGCUAACAGGUAGGGGCUACCUUUGUUGUCAACAUCAAGUCACUGCCCAGACCACUAACCUUGCCCUAAUUUCAGAUUGAGAACCAGCUAACACUUACUAAGCCCUGUAAGUGGGUGUUCUCAUAAACACUACCUUAUUUGAGUACCCAAUUGCUGAGCCCAUUUCCUUGGCAUAUGAGAUUGUUUCUGGCAUUGCUCCUGGCCCUGUUCUCCUUCGUUCCUAUGGGUUUCCUGGUUUUCCAGUCAGUACCAUAUCUUGCAGUGUAUGUGGUCUGCUUCUGCAUAAUCCACAUAAUUCACUCUGCUCCCUUCCUGUGGUUCUCCAGGACACAGACAGCACCUGAGACCUGCUGUUAGGGUAUUUACCUAAGAAUGACCUCUGCUCGCCACCAUCGUUGACCCCACAUUUUCUUCCCUAUGAUGACUCCUUUCACUUCUUCUGUCAUCUCUGGCUGCCCUCAGCCCUGUGUUGCCAAACCAGGGGCUUCAGCACCAAACCAAAACUCUGGUUGUUUUUUGUGAUAUUUGUUUUUAGAUAUAUUUAUUUAUUUUAGAGUACGAGAGAGAAAGAGCAAGCGUGCACAGGGUGGAGGGACAGAGGGAGAAGGAAAGGAAAACUCAAGCAGACUCCUUGAUGAGCCAUAUGUGGGGCUCGAUCUCACAACCUGAGAUCAUGACCCGAGCCAACACCGAGAAUCAGAUGCUUUAACGUACUGAGCCACCCAGAGUCCCGGCCCCAGUUGUUUUGCUAUUUGUCUACCAUUUAUCUUGUUUGAUGGUCUUUUGGGGGUCUUUUCUGUUCCUCUGUAAUAUACUAGCUUUCUUCCACUUCUCUCCAUCUGAUACUCUUUGUCUUUCCUUAACACUUCAACCCAAUCUUGGACUCCACUCUUCCCUACUCUACCCCUUGAGCCCAUUCCAGGUCACACCUGUACGUUCUAUCAAAAAUAGCUCAACCCUUUGUCUCUGUCACUAGCAGUCAAUGCUCUAAAGGAUCUUAAACCAAUUUCAGCUAAAGUAUUAAUGCAAAUUGUGGCUUAAGGGCUAUAUAUGUAUACUUUAAGAAAGAACUUUAAAGGAGGCAAAAUUCUAGCUCAAGGGAAUAAAUCCUAGUGGUCAUGGGGUUCAAGUAUUUAGGACAGAGCUGCCUUCUCCUAACGUGGUUUGCUUCAAGGAUUUUGGGACUCUAUUUCUGGGUUCAUAUAUGUUUAUAAUUGUUAUGUCUUCUUUGUGAAUUGACCUUUUAUCAUUAUAAGGUGUCCUUCUUGCUUUUGGUAACAAUUUCUGUCUUAAAGUCUAUUUUGUCUGAUAUUAGUAGAGACACUCCAGCUCUCUUUUGGUUGUUGUUGCUAUAACCUUUUCCAUUCUUGUACUUUCUCCCUAUUUAUGCUUUUGAAUCUAAACUGAAUCUCUUGUAGACAACAUAUAGUAUGAUCAUGUCUUUUAAUAUAUUCUUCCAAUCUCUGCCUUUUCACUGGGAAGUUUACUCUGUUUACAUUUAAUAUAUUGGGUAAAGUAAGAUUUGUGUCUGCCAUUUUGCUAUAUCUUUUCUAUAUUUCAUAUGUCUUUUUGUUCUUCUGCUUCUCCAUUACCACCUUCUUUUGUUAGUUAUUUUCUAGUAUACUAUUUUAAUUAUCUUCUUGUUUCAUUUAGUAUUUUUUUAAAUUUAUUUUCUUGGUUGGUGCCCUGAAAGUAACCAUUAAUAUCUCAGUUUAUAACAAUUUAGUUUGGAUUAAUACCAACUUAAUUUCAAUACCACACAAAACUUUGCUCCUGUAUAGUUCCAUUCCCCUCUCCUGUAAGUUGAUAUUGUCACAAAUUACAUCUUUAUACAUUUUCUUCCCACCAACAUAGAUUUAUUUUUAUUGCUUUUAUGCAGUUCUCUUUUAAAUCAGAUUUAAAAAGAAGUUACAAAAAAAUGCAUUCAUACUAUUUUCUAUAUUUAAUUAUGUAAUUACUUUUGCCAGUGCUUUUUAUUUCUUCAUGUUGAUUCAAGUAACUAUCUAGUGUCUUUCACUUCACUAGUAUUUCUUUUAGGGAAGAUCUGCUAAAGACCACUGCUCUCAGUUUCAUUUAGAUGAAAAUGUCUUGAUUUAUCCUUCAGUUUUGAAAGAUAGUUUUGUCAGAUAUUGAACUUUUGCCUGACGGGGUUAUUUUCCCCUUGCUACUUUGAAUAUACCAUCCGCUGUUUCUGGCCCCAUGGUUUCUGAUGAGAAAGUAGCUGUUAAUCUUAUUGAGGUUCUUUUGUAUGUGAUGAGUUGCUUCUGUCUUGCUGCUUUCAAAAUUCUUUGUCUUUCAACAGUUUGAUUUUGAUGUAUCUAGCUAUAGAUCUCUUAGAGUUUAUCCUACUUGGAGUUUGUUGAGCUUCUUGGAUGGGUAGAUUGAUGGCUUUCAUCAAAUUCAGGGAGGUUUUAGUCAUUAUUUCCUUACAUAUUCUUUAUAUCCCU